CAGUGAUGCCAGUGAUGGUGUGGUCUUGGCAUGGUGCACGCUGCACAGAGAUCACUUUGGGUGGAAACAAAAGGUUCCUGUUGCUGAAUGGGCACAGUAACUGCCACAGAUAAGUUGCUGAAUGUUGGAUAAAACUGAUUUAGACACUGUCCACAGACUUUGGAGGAAGCACCAGAGCCAGCCCACUAGCUGGUCAUGUGAUGAAUUCCUACAGCUCCUUGGCCCAGGCUGAAGUUACAACCAAAGAGAUGGGGCUCUGGCUGUGUGUGCUGGUGUUGGUGCUGAGGGGCCUGCGGCUCCAGCCUUCAGCAGCAGCCCCUUCCUUCAGCAUUGAUUACACAGAUAAAUGCUUCCUCAAGGAUGGCGUUAAGUUUCGCUAUAUCUCAGGCAGUAUCCAUUACUUCCGUAUCCCACGUGCCUAUUGGAAGGAUCGACUUCUUAAGAUGUACAUGAGUGGUCUUAAUGCUGUGCAGAUCUAUAUACCCUGGAACUACCAUGAGCCAUUGUCGGGUGUCUAUAAUUUUGAUGGUGACAGAGACUUGGAAGGAUUCCUGGAUCUGGCUGCCAAUUUUGACUUGUUGGUGAUUUUGCGACCUGGCCCCUACAUCUGUGCUGAAUGGGAGAUGGGUGGCAUUCCAUCCUGGCUCUUAGCAAAGCCAAAUAUUAUCCUGCGCACAUCUGAUCCAGAUUUCCUGCAAGCUGUGGACAAAUGGUUUAGUGUACUCCUGCCCAAGAUCAAGCCCCAUCUCUACAUCAAUGGAGGGAACAUCAUCAGUGUCCAGGUGGAGAAUGAAUAUGGGAGCUACUAUGCCUGUGACUACGACUAUCUGCGCCACCUGGAGGCUGUCUUUCGUUCCUACCUGGGCAAAAAAGUUGUGCUCUUCACCACCGAUGGCACCAAAGAGUCUGAACUGCUAUGUGGGACACUGCACGGUCUUUAUACAACUGUGGACUUUGGGCCAGAAGAAAAUGUGACAGAGGCAUUUGAGAAGCAGCGCAUACAUGAGCCGAAUGGUCCACUGGUGAAUUCAGAGUACUACACAGGCUGGCUGGAUUAUUGGGGUGAACCACAUUCUACAAAAAGUGCUGAGGACGUGGCUCGUGGCCUAGAGAAGAUGCUAGAGUUGGGAGCCAACGUCAACAUGUAUAUGUUUCAGGGUGGUACCAACUUUGGUUACUGGAGUGGUGCUGAUUACAACAAUGGCAUCUACAAUCCCAUCACUACUAGUUAUGAUUAUGAUGCACCUCUUUCAGAAGCUGGAGACCCAACUGACAAGCUGUACGCUAUUCGGACAGUCAUUGGCAAGUUUCAGGUGCUUCCUGCAGGACCAAUGCCACCCCCUACACCGAAGUUUGCAUAUGGAUAUGUAUUCCUACCACAGUGUGUGGCCCUACUGGAUAUUCUAGGCCUUCUUUCACCAUCCCUGCCAUUCUAUUCCUCCUUCCCAGCCACCUUUGAGGCCCUCAAGCAGCCCAGUGGCUUCAUGCUGUAUCGGACAUUUCUCCCACAUGACAUCCUGGAGCCAGUUGUGCUCAGUGCCCCCGAGGAUGGAAUCCAUGAUCUUGCCUACAUUCUGCUUAAUGGAGUAUAUAAAGGGACACUGGAACGGAACAAAAUAAAUGGAAUCAAUAUAUCUGGCCAGUUAGGGGACACUUUGGAUCUGCUGGUGGAGAGCAUGGGCCAUAUCAACUUUGGAGCCAAUGAGAGUGACUUUAAGGGUUUGGUCAAGAAUCUCACACUGGGCUCCAACAUAGUCACUGACUGGCUCAUCUAUCCCCUGGGCAUUGACAAAGCUGUGUCUCAUUCAUGGCCCCCAGUGGCCCCACUCAGCAAUGGGACAGGGCCUGCUUUCUACACUGGAUUCUUCACAACACUUGGCAUCGCACAGGACUCCUUUGUGAAGUUCCCAGGUUGGAACAAGGGCCAGAUUUGGAUUAACGGCUUUAACCUGGGGCGGUUCUGGCCAACCCGUGGACCUCAGCAAACUCUUUUUGUGCCUGGGUCCAUCCUCAGUUCUUCAACUAUCAACACUGUUGUAGUUCUGGAGCUGCAAAAUGCUCCGGAGAAGCCCAAGUUGCUCUUCCUUGACCGGCCCCUUCUCAAUGGUACCCAGAUCUCCACCCACAAGAACCAAAUGCAGAUAUGGCUCUAAAAAGAAGAAAGAAAAGAGAAACCCUUGCCCUAAAGCUGCCAUGGAAUUAAACAAAUACAGAGAACUCUUCAGAUAAAGAUAUGUCCAGUAGUGAUUUAAGACAAGAACUAUCCAAGGGAACUAUAAGUUAUGUAGAAAAAAGAAACAUAAUUAUUGUUCACACCUCAUGUUGCAAACAGGUUUUCAACAUGAACAAAAGCUUCAUGUCUAAAUUCAGUAUUUUAUAAAAUUCCCUCCAAAAUAAAUAGACAAAUCUGG